AUGAGCGAAUUAUCGAAAAAGCUUCACGAGAACAUUUCAUGGCAAAGGGAAGUUCUUCCUUCAAUCGUUGAAGCCAUGGAAGAAUCUGUAAAGAGGAUUGAUAUUUGGAUGCUGGUUUCGGGGAACGAUGUGACUGCGAAAAGAAGAAUGGCUCUCACAGUCACAUCUUCUCUUUUCGGGUCAGUCGAUAAUAUGUUGAAGAUUAGUCUAAGAACACCCAAGACAAGUGAAGCGUGCGAGGAGCUCGAGAAUGCGUUGAGGAAAAAGUUGUUGUUUUGA